UCAAAGUUUCCAAGAUGGCUCCCUAGCAACCAGACUCCCCCUGCCUGGCAACAUUCUGAUGCCAAACAUCUCUGCGCACCGAUGGGCCCGAGCCGCGGUGUGUUUCAAAAAGUAGAGGAGGCGUUUGUCCGGAGGGAAAUGGUGUCAGUUGUAUUUGAAUGUCAACAUUUUCAUUUACGUUAAUCCGGAUUUUUCUUGGCAAUUCACUGACGUGAGCUCACAGAAUACAUUCGAGCUUGUGCUCUGUCAAGCUGCAGAUUAUUUCACGACAGAAACAACAUGAUGCUCAGUGACAAACUGAAGCAGCGCGGCGACGAAGACGCGAUCAAUGAACUGUGUUUGGCCAAUGGAGUAUCUUAUGAAAAAAUCGCGCAAGAAGGAGGCAACAUCAGCUCCCUGGAGAUCUUCUUCUCUGGUUUCCCCCGUAUGGUUGGCCUCUCUUUCUUCCCAAGGCUCACCCAGCUCACCAUCGUGGGCCAGGACAUUAAACACAUAGAAGGUCUGGAGUGUUGUCCUCUGCUCCGAGAGCUCUGGGUCGUCCAGUGCCAUCUGACAGAAAUAUCUGGACUAGAGAACUGUGCACAACUGGAGAAACUCUAUCUUUAUGACAAUCAAAUCUGUGCAAUCAACAAUUUAGAACAGCAGAUCAACCUAGAAGUCCUGUGGCUUAACAAUAACUGCAUAAGUCGCAUACAGGGCCUGGACACGCUUCAAAACCUUAAAGAACUAAACCUUGCCGACAACAUUAUUGAAAAGAUUGGGCACAGCCUUGAUCCUAAUGUCGGCCUUCAAAAUCUUAAUCUGUCCGGGAACGGGAUUCGCUCUUUUAAGGAGCUGACCCGGCUAGCCGGCUUACCCCAUCUGAGAGAGCUAUCGCUGAGAGACCCCACGUCAACCCCAAACCCAGUGUGUCUGCUGUGUAACUAUGUGAUACACGUUCUGUACCACAUGCCAGGCCUCCAGCGACUUGACACCUACGUCAUCUCGAGCAAACAAGUCAAAGAAGUUGCUGAGUCCACAGUCUUGAAGAAAAUGAUGUACUACAACAUGCGAGUACACACUGCUCAUAGGAACCUGGAAGAGACCCGGUUAAGUCUGAUCGAGAGGAAGAAAACUCUGCUCCAGUUACCUGAGGAAUGUGUCAGGACACUGAGUCAUGCCCUCAGAAAUCUUGAACGUGAGCUCUCCAAGGUGCUGCCUGCUUGUAAGAAGUCUGCUUGCACAUUGGACGAUGCACCAGGAGGACCGACCCACCCAGUGGACGGUUCAUCCAACAGAUGGGAUCCACCCACUGACGUCAGUUGUGAUCCCACCAUGGAGCCAAAAAUACGCAUCAAGAUAGAAGCACUGAGGGAGAGACUGACACUAUGGACGAGGAGGCUGAAUGAGAUUGAAGCUUCUCAUGAGAGAGAUUUGGCUCAAGCCACAAACAUGAUGGAAUACACAGUCCAGUUUCUGCUGAUGGAGCUUGAAAGUGUUGGAAAUAUUCGAUUGGAGGAGGGCAGCUCCACGGACCCUUGGUUUAAUUCCUCAUGCGACCUCCUCCUUUCCCGCUUCUCACACUCAGACUUCAGGGUUCACGGCAUCACUGGCAUUAAGAUCGAUAGAGUUAUCCGCAUCUUCAACAGCGCCUUGAGGUUUCGCUUCGAGGACAAACUUCACAGCCUGCUCGCCAGCGAAGACGCUCUUAUCCAUUCACAGAAUUACAGACGUCGGCUGGAGCACUUGUUCUACGUCGUUGACCCUGAAGAAAACAAUGCGAUGGAAGAAAUUUUGUGUAUUCUGGAGGAGGGCUUUAAAUCUGCAGAACAAUAUAAGACCUCAGGGAAAGAGGGUGGUAUACCUCUAUCCAACAGCUUGAGUGUGACUGAACAGCCCAGAAUCGAACACACUCUGCGACAGGCCAGCCAACCUGACUGUAAGCACAGUAUGGAUCCAGUCCCAUUCAGGCAUGGUCAGAUUAUUAUUUCCAAAGUGUACGUGGGUCACAGCAUGCCUGUCCGAGAGGGAGAUCCAGUUGACAGAAGCAGCCAUCAUAGAGUCUGCUCUGUAUACCGCAAUGUGGACACUAAGCACAGAUCUGCAACGAGCGAUGAGAGACCUCGCUCCUCCAAAACACACACUGGUCCUGAGUGCAGCCCCAGGCGGAGACAGUGGUUUGUGUUUGACCGUGAACUCGUCUUGCCUGAGUACCUUGUAUAUUUUCAAUAUGUAACUGAGAAACUAGAAGAACCUGCAUCACCAGAACACAGCAAAGACAGAGAUGAAACUUCCAACAUCCUUUUGGACAAGGAAGUCCUCAACAUGGAACCUGUGCUCAAACCGCAGCCUAAGUUGUUGAGCUUGGAUGACAAAAUUCUGCUUGAUGUGGCCAGAGCUAACGUCCUGAGUCAGAUCACUGUACUGAACCUUCAUGGAAACAGUCUGAGCAAGAUAAAGGAGAUUUCCUGCCUAACAGCUCUGCGGCAUCUCACCAUCAGCUUCAAUGAGUUCACACGCCUCGAUGACAUUUCUCACAUGCCUAACCUUGAGUUUUUGGAUGCGAGCUACAACCACCUGGUGGCCCUCGAGGGGCUGAGGGGGUUGGGACGACUCAAACAGCUCGAUGUGCGGUGGAACCAGUUGACCAAAGCCAGAGAAGAUGCUGCAGUUUUAAGAAAACACACACCUGCUCUUCUGAAGCUUGACACCAGAUACAACCGUUGGAACAGACGGGAGACAGUCAGAACGACCAUACUGGGACGUCUAACAACACUCACACACCUUGAUGAUCUGAUGGUCACAGAGGAGGAGGCUGCUGAUGCUGUUGCCAUGGCUGCAGAUUCCAAAAUUAACCAGGCAUCUCUUCUGGCUCACUCACGCACUAACACUAAUCGACCCCGAAGUCUCAGCCUGCUAUCGACAGCUCAGCUCCUCUGUCUUCUCAAUCCAGCACCAUGGGGGCUCAGCCAGGAGCUGGAGCCAGACUGGACAGCAAUGCUCACAGCCCUGAACCUUGACAGCCAGAGGAUUUCCAAGCUGAUGAAUCUGAAUAAGCUGGUAAACCUGCGCUGGGCCUCCUUUAAUGACAACGACAUCUCUAAGCUGGAGGGACUGCAGAGUUGCCUGAAGCUGGAGGAGCUUUCUCUCAACAACAACAGAAUCAGCACGCUCAGUGGCCUGUCAAAACUGCUUUGCCUAAAUAAACUGAGUGUAGAUGGGAAUCAGCUCUCUACUCUGGAUGCUUCAGUUCUCGAUCAGCUUCCCAACCUGACCUUUCUGUCUGUGGAGAACAACUGCAUCAGUUCCCUGCAUGGCAUCCAGAGGGUUCGCUCCCUGCUCGAACUCUAUAUUGGCAACAACCAGAUCUCUACACCACGAGACAUCUACUAUCUAAAGGGACUGUCCAACCUCAUCAUUCUGGAUCUUUAUAGGAAUCCUUUAGUGGAGAAACUAGAGAACUAUCGGAUAUAUAUGGUGUUCCACCUGUCCUCGCUGAAAGCUCUGGACGGGACUGCAGUCGAAGUAAUUGAGUCUGAAAGUGCAAAGGACAUGUUUGGAGGAAGACUAACCUCUGACAUGGUGGCAGAGAAGCUGGGCCACUCUAACUACAGAGACAUCACCUACCUCACUCUGCAGUCCUGCUCUAUUAGGAGCGUUGACCUGUCUCCAGCAGACAUAUUCGUUAGCCUGCGCAGUGUCAACUUGGACCACAACAACCUCACCUCUUUUUCAGGCCUUGUUUACCUGCCGAACAUCAAGGCUCUGUGUCUGAACUACAACCACAUCGAGUCCAUUCUGCCCAGGCAGCGGACUCAGGCUCAUCUGACAAACAGACAGAUCCUCCACAGCAAAGUCCACUCCAGUGGUUACGGUCAGCAGAGUUCAUCCAGAGGCAAAAGGGAAACUGGGCCCACUGGCAGCCGGGAGCCACUGAUGGGCAGCCUGGAGGUGCUGCAUUUGAGUCACAAUGGAAUCUACAGUUUGGCCAAUCUGCAGCUCAGCAGGCUCACCAAUCUUAAAGCCCUUUUCCUUCAAGGUAAUGAAAUCAGCCACGUGGAAGGGUUAGAGGGGCUUCGCCAGCUCAGAGAACUUGUCCUAGACAGGAACCGCAUCAAAUCUCUGGCUGAGAACUCCUUCAUCGCUCAGAACGUUCUGCUGGAGCUGCACCUAGAAGAGAACCGCAUCCGGGAGCUCAACCAUCUCAAUCCUUUGACCGAGCUCCGCAAGCUGUUUCUUGGCAUGAACAGGCUGCAGGAUGUCACAGAGCUCGACAAACUAGAAGUUCUUCCAUCGCUGACAGAGCUCUCAGUUGUUGGAAAUCCUGUGGCCCGCAACUCUCUCCACAGAGCACCAGUGGUGCUUCAUCUGUCCCAGCUGCAGGUCCUGGAUGGAGUGAUGGUCACUGUCGAUGAAAGGACCAGGGCUGAACUCCUCAGUUGUGAUCCAUCACUGUGCUCUCAGUGCCCUGGAGCCUCUCUCCCUACCACUGAGAUAAACCUACCUGGACUGCUCCCCCUCGUGCCUCGAAACACUCCUCUAAGAGGAAUAAACGUAAGCGGAGGACUGCAGAGCUUCAUGCAUGGGCACGAUAUCCUGUCGAGUAACAUGGAUGAAGCCCAGUAUCAUCACACAUACAAGCAAAAAAAAAUCAAGCAGAGUUAUCCUGCUCGAAGCGGACAAAUUGACAUUACCCUCAGACACAUCAGAAGAACAGGAGGCGUCCUGCCGACCACAAGUCUACUGUCUGAUGGGAACAGAUUUGUUGUGCCAUAUCAUAACCAGGAGCAAUACAGCAGAUUCCCAAAUGGUGGUAAACCUCCACCCAUGUAGAAUCCAGAGGAGGUAACAGCCUGUAACAACCAUGACUGUGGUGUGGUGAUAGACUGUCAUUGCUAGCAUGGAAUGCAGGGCAGAGUUUUCUUUUUUUUCUUCUACAUACCUUUAUAUAUUGAACUACAGUGGCAAACAAGAGAGUGCUUAUCUCCGCCAAGGUCCAACGGUCUACUUAUACUUCACAUUCACUGGUUCCGAUUUUUUUUGUGCCAAAUUCCACACACACAUAAAUAUAUAUCCCUACACAUGCCUGAUUUUUUCCUUGCUCCGCCCCUCAUCCAGAUCCACACCAAAAUUGAAUGAGUUCCUUCCUGACUCACACCACAUCUGUCCACCAAGUGUUGUAUUAAUCCGUCCAGUAGUUUUUUUGAGGAACAUAACCUCCUUGGUGGAGCUACUGACGACAAUUUCAGCAUUUUAAGUGUCCUUGGAAGUGUUUUACAUUAAAUUUUAAUAAAUCAUGUUUGCUGUUUGUUCAAAACAAAACUUGUUUAACACUACUUGAAAGAGGCAUGUAUUGCAUUUCUUUUCAAACGCAUCUAUAAUGACUGAUUUUAUACUUUCCAUCCACACGAGUGGAUCACUAACCAUGGUAAUCUGAGGCUGAGAGGUUUUGGCGUCAUUUCCACCACUAUCCAGUCCUUGGCCCCAAACGAGUGAAAAAACACCCGCAGAUGUACGGGCGUGUGAGGCUGGCAUGCUGUGUCCAUCAGGUCAAACGCAUCCCCAACAAGUGGGAUAAUCCAGCUUUAGCACACCUCUCUGUGGACAAUAAUCUGCAGUCACUCAGAUAAAGAUGUUAUCUUGAAUGAGGCCCAAAUGGAUUUCAGAGAACUGUCAGUUUCAUCACGUUAGCCUCUUUUCAGAAAGCUCACUGCAGUUUUGCCCAUAAUAGGCAAAUGUUGUGUGUUGUAACUGCAAAUGAACCUACUCCACUUGAUAUUUAUGAUGUUAGUUCUGCUUCUGAGCAUGAGAACAUAAUCCUCCCUGUCUUCCUGUCAAUUUAACCCAGUGGCCCUGUAGUUAACAGUCUGAGCUUUAAAUGUGGAGGAGGCAGUCUGUAUUAAGUGUUAUGAAAGCUUUAUAUUCUGGGAGAAAGAUUCAUAUAGGCUAUCUUCUUCUAUCCAUUACCUUAGGUAUAAAUAAUAUGAUGCGGAUAAAGAUGCAGAACUCUGUUAUAUACUUAAAAAAUAUCUAGUAAAGUUAAAUUAUUGUUUUAUUUUACUGUGAUUUUUCAUAGCAUGUGCUCAAUAGAAAAGAUAUAACAGAGUCAAGACUUGAGGAAGAUGUCGCCCUUGUAAACCCAAAGACUUGAGCAGCAACAUUUCCGUCCUCCAACCCCAGCGUUUGCUGCUUUUGUGACUUCUGUGCGACCACUAGGUGUCCUUAGAGCUCCACGAGCUCUCCAUUUAAGACUCUGCUAAUCAGUCCUGAAUGAAUUUACCACCUGCCUGUGCUGCAGGUAGUAAUUUAAAAGCCGAGGAGAGAUACAUACAUGUGUAUGCUUCAGAUUUGUGUUUGGGGAACAUGUGAGGCAGCAGCAGCAAAAGGGAAAAGCUCUCCCCAAACAAGAUCCUCUAAUGCAUGUACUUAACUUCACUUAAUUUGUGUUAAUUCCCAGCACUAAGCAGGGCUAAUGACAGUGCAAGUGAGUGCGCUGUCAUUACUGUGCUCUGCCUGACAUCAAAUGGCAGCUGAUGGACUCAAACUAAAAAAAAAAAGGAAAAAAAGAAACUGUAAUGCACAGAUUUGGGGGCUCAGUGUGAGUACUCUGAUGCAUUAGGUAUUGCAGAGGAUAAUUAUACCUUUUAAAUUUGUGUACAGGAAGUGCAGUAUGGAUAUGUCAGAAGUCUGUUUGUCAGAAACUGUUAUCAAUGCAAAUAUAUUUCUGCGUGUGUUGUAAGCUUAUAGUGAGCAUACCACUUCAUACAGUAUGUUUCUCUUUGCA